AGAGCCAUGCAAUUCUCCGGCUCAGCUGGGGCAGCGGACGAGAACUUUGACUAUUUGUUCAAGAUUAUCCUCAUCGGGGAUUCCAACGUGGGCAAGACGUGUGUCGUGCAGCAUUUCAAGUCCGGGGUCUACACAGAGGCACAGCAGAACACGAUCGGGGUGGACUUCACUGUGCGUGCCCUGGAGAUUGACGGCAAGAAAGUGAAGAUGCAGGUGUGGGACACCGCCGGCCAGGAACGUUUCCGGACCAUCACCCAGAGCUACUACCGCAGUGCCCACGCGGCCAUCAUUGCCUACGACCUCACCCGGCGGUCUACGUUCGAAUCUGUUCCUCACUGGAUUCACGAGAUAGAGAAAUACGGAGCAGCGAACUUGGUCAUCAUGCUGAUUGGGAACAAGUGUGACCUGUGGGAAAAACGCCACGUUCUCUUUGAGGAUGCCUGCAUCCUGGCUGAGAAAUACGGUCUCCUAGCUGUUCUGGAAACAUCUGCCAAGGAGUCCAAGAAUAUCGACGAGGUCUUCGUGCUGAUGGCCAGGGAGCUGAUGGCCCGCCACAGCCUGCCCUUGUACGGGGGCGGUGCCCCGGGCAGCCUCCCGCUGGAGUCCACUCCAGUCCUUAUGGCCCCAGCUCUAAGGGAGAAGAAUCAGUGCACCUGCUGA